GAGAAAACACCUUUUGGCCGUCGAAUUUUUAUCCUUCUCUUUUGCAUCUUCUUUCAUCUAACACUGAUCAAGAAUCCUGCCGCGCCGGCAAUUGCGCAUCUCGCUUCAAUUGCUUAUCCUAUCUAUUGGUCCGCAUAUAAAAUUGCACCAUUUUCACUUGGUUCUAUGCAAAGUUCAACAACUGAAUCUGAAGCAGGACCAAUAAUGGUUUAUUGGAUUCUCUUUGCACUUUUCAAUCAGAUUGUUGCAAUUUAUCCCGGUUGGUUAUUCUAUUUCAUCGAACCCGCUCUACAUUUCUGUCUGUGGUGUCCAGUGAUCGGUGGAGCGAAAAGCCUUCACUCGAGAUUUUUCGAUCCAAUCUGUCAAAUCCUAUUCCACAAUCAUUUCGAUCCAAUCGCAUGGAAGAAGAUAUAUCCGUUGGUUGCACGUAUACUCAGACUGUACAACAGAUAUACUCAGACUGUGCGAUUUGUCCAGGAACGUUUAAAUCCUGAAGAGACGAAACAACUGAAUGCCAUAUUAUUGGAUUUGAGUACUACUGGAACAAGUCAUGAACCAGAAUCAACUCCGAAAGGCAAUAAAGAAAACUGA